UUUAAAAUUUCUUUUUUGUAAAUUGAGCGACGAAUAGAUUUGUUUUUGGUUGAAGAAAGAGGCUGAGCUGCGGCGUGUGGAGGGUUAACUUUCAGUAUCCUCAGUCUAAAAGGGGGUUUGGGGGGCUAUGAGCUAAAGAUGCCGGGGUCGCUGAGUAAUGAAGACGAGGGACAGGACGACAUGGAUUUUGAAGACGACAUGCCAGAUGAGGAUGAUGAAGGCGAACGCAACACCAUUCCCCUCACCCCCCUCGACAGCUUCUUCUCUGACGAUGACUCACUCAAACAACAAAAGAAGAAGAAGCCCAAAAAGAUAAAAGAGGGCAAAAUACCCAAAGUUAAGAAGAGGAAAAAGGAGGGAGGAAUUCAGCCAAAAGUUGACAGCGACCUGGAGGAGACCUCGGAGGUGGAGGAGGAACGGGAACGUCCAGAAAUCGGCUCGGAGAGCGAGAGCAGCAUGUAUGGCCCCACCAAGAAGAAGAAGAAGAAACCAAGGGAGAAGAAAGAAAAGAAGCCCAGGAAAAAGAAGAGAGAUGAGGAAGAAGAAGACGAUGAUGACGACGAUGGGAACAUGAAAGAGCCCAAAUCAUCCAGCCAGUUGAUGCAGGAGUGGGGCCUUGAAGACGUUCAGUACGGCUUCACAGAGGACGACUAUAAAACCAUCACAAACUACAAGGCUUUCAGCCAGUUCCUCAGGCCUCUCAUUGCCAAGAAGAACCCGAAGAUUCCCAUGUCAAAGAUGAUGACAGUGUUAGGGGCCAAAUGGCGAGAGUUCAGUGCCAACAACCCGUUCAAAGGCGCAUCUGCCACCGCUGUGGCCGCCGCUGUGGCUGCCGCUGUGGAAACGGUUACCGUGGCACAACCAACAUCUGUCUGCAGCAGCCUGCUGAGCUCUCAGCUGGGGCCACUCAAAAAAGCCAAAACCAAAGAAGGGAAGGGACCAGGAGUGAGGAAGAGAAGCAAGUCUGUGAAAGAGUUGAAAAAGAAGCCGAAGCCGAAGAAGACCAAAUCAAAGUUGGGUCAAAGUGGGAAGAAGAAAAAAGCAUCCUCGAGUGAGGAAGACUUCCUGGAGGAGUCCGACUUUGAUGACAUCAGCAUCCACAGUGCCUCCGUGUUUUCUGAUACUUUGGGGGCCACCACCAAGAAAAAGGCGCGGCGUGGGCGGAAAAAAAGGAAAAAGGAAGACGGGGAUGGCUACGAGACAGAUCACCAGGACUACUGUGAGGUCUGCCAACAGGGCGGAGAGAUCAUCCUGUGUGACACCUGUCCCAGAGCGUACCACCUGGUCUGUCUGGAUCCUGAGCUGGAGAAGGCCCCUGAGGGAAAGUGGAGCUGCCCACACUGUGAGAAAGAGGGGAUUCAGUGGGAGGCAAAGGACGAAGAGGAGGAGGAGGAGGAGGCUGCAGGUGAGGAGGAGGAUGACCACAUGGAGUUCUGCAGAGUGUGCAAAGAUGGAGGCGAGCUGCUGUGCUGUGACACCUGCCCUUCUUCUUAUCACAUCCACUGCCUCAAUCCGCCGCUCCCGGAGAUACCCAACGGAGAGUGGUUGUGCCCUCGAUGCAUGUGUCCUCCUCUGAAAGGUAAAGUACAGAAGAUUCUGCACUGGACGUGGGGAGAACCGCCGUUACCAGCUGAACUGCCUGCAGGUCCUGAUGGCAAGCCAAAUGAUCCACUGACCAAGCCUCCGCUCAAAGGCCACCCCGAGAGGGAGUUCUUUGUGAAGUGGGCCGGCCUCUCGUACUGGCACUGCUCCUGGGUCAGCGAGCUGCAGCUGGAGCUGUAUCACACGGUCAUGUACCGGAACUACCAGCGGAAGAACGACAUGGACGAGCCACCUCCGUUUGACUACGGCUCAGGAGAGGAGGAGCUCAACAACGAGAAGAGGAAGAGCAAAGACCCGCAGUACGCUGUGAUGGAGGAGCGCUUCUACCGCUACGGCAUCAAACCGGAGUGGAUGGUGAUCCACAGGGUGCUCAACCACAGUUUUGAUAAGGAUGGUGAUGUUCAUUACCUGAUCAAGUGGAGAGACCUGCCCUAUGACCAGUGCACCUGGGAGGUGGAUGAUUUUGACGUUCCAGAAUACAACAGUCACAAAGCCUCUUACUGGGACCACAGGGAGCAAAUUCUUGGUGAGGACCAGCGCCCCCUGGUGGCGGGGAAAGUACAAAAACUCAAAGAAGACCAUCCAAAAAGGGAGGUCCCUCCUGAUGCUCCAAUCAUAGAUCCAACCAUCAAGUUUGAGCACCAGCCAUGGUAUAUUAAUGCCACAGGAGGAACGCUGCACCCGUACCAGCUGGAGGGCCUGAACUGGCUGCGGUUUUCCUGGGCUCAGGGCACAGACACCAUCCUGGCUGAUGAGAUGGGCCUGGGAAAGACAGUGCAAACAAUAGUGUUUCUCUACUCACUGUAUAAAGAGGGUCACUCCAAGGGGCCGUUCUUGGUCAGCGCACCCCUCUCCACAAUCAUCAAUUGGGAACGAGAAUUUGAGAUGUGGGCUCCAGAUUUCUACGUGGUGACGUACACUGGGGACAAAGACAGCAGGGCAAUCAUCAGGGAGAAUGAGUUCACUUUUGAGGACAGUGCAGUGAAAUCCGGGCGUAAGGUGUUUCGCAUGAAGAAAGACACGCCAAUCAAGUUCCACGUGCUGCUGACCUCCUAUGAGCUGAUUACUAUAGAUCAAGCCAUUCUGGGCUCCGUCACCUGGGCCUGUCUGGUGGUAGACGAGGCCCACAGACUGAAGAACAACCAAUCGAAGUUUUUCAGAAUUCUAAAUGGGUAUAAAAUCUACUACAAGCUGCUGCUGACCGGGACUCCUCUUCAGAACAACCUGGAAGAGCUUUUCCACCUGCUCAACUUCCUCACUCCAGAGCGAUUUAAUAACCUGGAAGGAUUCCUGGAGGAGUUUGCUGAUAUCUCUAAAGAGGACCAGAUCAAGAAACUCCACGACCUGCUUGGGCCGCACAUGCUCAGGAGGCUGAAAGCCGACGUCUUCAAGAACAUGCCUGCAAAGACGGAGUUGAUCGUCAGGGUGGAGCUCAGCCCCAUGCAGAAGAAAUAUUACAAGUUUAUUCUGACGCGAAACUUUGAGGCCCUGAACUCCAAAGGUGGAGGAAACCAAGUGUCUCUGCUCAACAUUAUGAUGGACCUGAAAAAGUGCUGCAACCAUCCCUACCUGUUCCCCGUGGCUGCUGGGGAGGCUCCUGUUUUACCCAACGGUUCUUAUGAUGGCAACUCAUUGGUGAAGUCCUCAGGAAAACUGACACUGCUUCAGAAGAUGCUGAAGAAACUCAAAGACGAAGGACACAGAGUUCUCAUUUUCUCUCAGAUGACAAAGAUGUUGGAUCUACUUGAGGAUUUUUUGGAGUUUGAGGGUUAUAAAUAUGAACGGAUUGAUGGAGGGAUUACUGGUGGUCUGAGACAGGAGGCCAUCGACCGCUUCAAUGCGCCGGGCGCUCAGCAGUUCUGCUUCUUGCUUUCAACACGAGCUGGAGGUCUUGGCAUCAAUCUUGCAAGUGCAGACACUGUCAUCAUCUACGAUUCUGACUGGAAUCCCCACAACGACAUUCAAGCUUUUAGCAGAGCGCACCGUAUCGGCCAAAACAGGAAGGUGAUGAUCUAUCGUUUUGUGACGCGAGGCUCAGUGGAGGAGCGAAUCACUCAGGUGGCAAAGAGGAAGAUGAUGCUUACCCAUCUGGUUGUGCGGCCUGGCCUGGGCUCCAAAACUGGCUCCAUGUCCAAACAGGAACUGGACGACAUCCUCAAGUUUGGCACGGAGGAGCUUUUCAAAGAUGAAAUGGAGGCAGCUCGAGCGAUGGGUGAUAACAAAGACGGCGAAGAGGGCAAUGUAAUUCACUACGACGAUGACGCAAUCUCCAAGCUGUUGGACCGCAGCCAGGAUGCCACUGAAGACACAGAGAUCCAGAACAUGAACGAGUACCUGAGCUCAUUCAAGGUGGCCCAGUAUGUGGUGAAAGAAGAAGAUGGAGAGGAAGAGGUGGAGCGGGAGAUCAUCAAGCAGGAGGAGAACGUGGAUCCAGACUAUUGGGAAAAACUCCUCCGUCACCACUACGAGCAGCAGCAGGAGGAUUUGGCUCGCAACCUGGGCAAAGGCAAGCGCAUCCGCAAGCAGGUCAACUACAACGACACGACGCAGGAGGAUCAAGAAUGGCAGGAUGAUCUUUCAGACAAUCAGUCGGAGUACUCGGUGGGGUCCGAGGACGAGGACGAAGAUUUUGAGGAGAGGCCUGAAGGUGGGCGCAGACAGUCUCGUCGGCAGCUGAAGAACGAGAAAGACAAACCUCUGCCGCCGCUACUGGCACGUGUUGGGGGAAGUAUUGAGGUCCUGGGGUUCAAUGCUCGCCAGAGGAAAGCAUUCGUCAAUGCCAUAAUGCGCUGGGGCAUGCCUCCUCAGGACGCUUUCAAUUCUCACUGGCUGGUUAGAGACCUGAGAGGGAAGAGUGAACGUGAGUUCAGAGCCUACGUGUCACUGUUCAUGAGACAUCUGUGUGAGCCAGGGGCAGACGGAGCGGAGACCUUUGCUGAUGGCGUCCCACGAGAGGGGCUGUCUCGUCAGCAUGUCCUCACCAGGAUCGGAGUCAUGUCCCUCGUCAGGAAAAAGGUGCAAGAGUUUGAGCAUGUAAAUGGGAAACUGAGUUCUCCGGAUCUGAUUCCCAUUGGAAUGGAGCUGAAGAAAUUGACUGAGAGUGUAUCAUCUGAUCCCAACACUCCUGUGCCAGCCAGCCCCGUCGCUACCCAGCCCAGCACCCCCAUCCCUCCAGAGAAGAAUGAGUCUCUCUUGGGCACUGCUGAGGACAAGGACACAGCAGAGCAAGAUUCUAAGAAACUGUCAGAGCAGGAAGCUUCCAGUGCCGAGCCAACAUCUGUACCUGAGAAGGCAGCUGACAGCGAAGAGAGCAAGGGCAGCUCAGAGGAGAAAACAGGAGAUGAGAGGGACAGGACCCAGUCACCUUCCACAAAGAUGGAGCCAUCUGCCAACCCAAAAGAGCCCGCUUUGAGACAGACAGAGCUGUCAUCGAGUCAAAUCUCACCAAAAAUGGAGCCCUACAGAGAAACAGAGAAGACCUCAGACAAAGGCGAUACUGACUCUCUCCUGGCAAAAAAUGAAGACAAGGAAAACAAGCCAGAUGAUGCGAAGAGCGACGAUGCAUUGGAGGGCCGGUUAAACGGAGACAAAGACACCUUGGAUGAGAUGGAUGAGAGCAGGAAGGAGGACAAGAAUGGAUUCAAAACCAAGUUCAUGUUUAAUAUUGCUGAUGGAGGUUUUACAGAGCUGCACACCCUCUGGCAAACUGAGGAGCGGGCGGCACUGUCAUCUGGAAAAAUGCACGACAUCUGGCACCGUCGCCACGACUACUGGCUGUUGGCUGGCAUUGUAACACAUGGCUACGCUCGUUGGCAGGACAUCCAGAAUGAUCCGCGCUAUGCUAUUCUGAAUGAGCCCUUUAAGACUGAAAUGCACAAGGGCAACUACCUGGAGAUGAAGAACAAGUUCCUGGCUCGUCGCUUUAAGCUGUUGGAGCAGGCGCUGGUGAUUGAGGAACAGCUGCGGCGGGCGGCCUACCUGAACAUGACCCAGGAUCCCAGUCACCCGGCCAUGGCUCUCAACACUCGCUUCGCUGAGGUGGAGUGUCUGGCAGAGUCCCACCAGCACCUGUCCAAAGAGUCUCUGGCUGGGAACAAGCCUGCCAACGCGGUGCUGCACAAAGAGAUAAGGAGGAUGAAAGUGUGGGAAGAGGCCAAAGCCAAAGACUAUCAAAUACUGAACCAGCUGGAGGAACUGUUGAGUGACAUGAAAGCGGACGUCACGCGGCUGCCCAACAUGCUGUCCAGGAUCCCACCGGUGUCAGCGCGACUUCAGAUGUCUGAGCGGAGCAUCCUGAGCCGCCUCACCAGCCGAGGCAGCGAGCCUCCACCGCAGCAGCCUUUCAGCCAGGGAGGCUUUGGCUGCUCUCAGAUGUAUGGCAGCAGCUUCGGUGGUGGAUUUCGAGGACACGGUGGACAGCCCAUGGUGAACUACAGUCAAAUGCCUCUGGGACCUUAUGUCAGUGUGUCCUCAAAUGGUCCCCCACCACCUACAAGCCAUCUGGACAAGAAGUCACUUGAAUCCUUGAGAGACGUGGUCACACCUGACCUCAAGUCAGGCAAACCGAGUGAUGUCAUCUGUAUUGAAGACUAGACACGCUCUGAAAUGCUGCCCUGAGGUCAGAAACUCCCUUGGAUGGAACCUGUCUGGACAACAGCUGCCCAUCUCUUUCUGCUACACAUCGUCCUCUCUCUCCCGCUCCUUCCUGACUGAACGACAUUAAGCUCUCUGCUGUUGACGGAAAAAAGGCCGUUCCCUUUUUGAUUAAUGCAGAUGUGUCUAUCUUAACAAUUGCACUUUUAUCUUUUUUGUGGAUCAUAUACGUAAGUAUUUCAGUAGAGGAGAAGAUGAGAAGGGAAGGCGCACCUUUCCUGAUAGAGGAUGUUUUUUUCUGGCCCUUCAAAAACUCCAGUUGGCAGUACUGAGUUUGUGAUGCUCUUGGAGUGUGUGUGUGUGUUUUAUCUGUGCCAGCCUUGACUGUUUGAUUCUGCGCGCCCUGCUGCUUUUAUCCAUCUACCCACUCAUUGUACACUGUGACUGUGCCCCACUGGAGCUUUUUCUCUGUGAAGAGGAGUGGUGUCAAGGGUGUCUUCAAUCAUAGUUUGACAGGAGAGGGCCAAUAUCGUUACUUUAAACUAAUGUGUUUUUGUCCUUCAUUGUUGUAACCAGUGGAGAAAGUAUUGAUUUAAAUGCAUCACAAACUAUUAUCAUGUAUGCAGUAGCUGGACACAGUCUGUCUGAAUCCUCUUAAGACUGCCACCCUCUGGUCAUCUGCAGAUACUGGACUGCAGCACCUGUGAGGGUUGGCCUCUUGUACUGUAUAUACUCAGAGACUGCUGUUGAUUUUACCUCACAUAGGCCUAAUCAUAGUACAAUAUGUAAACAUACGUGGAUGAAACCAUGCGUGUGGCUCGGGCUCAAAUAAGGAGAAACGGGGCCGAGCAGAGGAGGCAAAAAUGAUGGAGACUUGUGUAUGGUACAAUAUUUGUGAUUCUUUCUGUAUUUGAAUGUUAGUGGCUGUAGAAGUUAACCCUGAGGUCACAACCAGUGGAACUGCACUGGGGAAAUUAUUAUUAUUAUUGUUAGUAUUUUAAUUUUCUUUCUUUCAGGGGGAGGGGGUUGCAGCAGCAGUUAGUACAAAUACAAAUCCUCAAAAGGGCUUUAGUUUUUAGAUCCUGCUUCUUGACUUUUGUUUGAAUUCCCAUGAAUUUGAUUUGUCCCCUUAAAUGAAAUGGUCUAUUGCUGUUCUGUUCAUUCAUUAACAUUGUAUUAUGUUAUGCCUAUAGAAGGGUUUCUCUCAUGGUACUUUCGCAGGUGAUUAUGAAAUUCACCCAUUUUAUAUACUCUCUGCGAUGUGAAAAGGUAUCUCUGUAAUUUCAUGUAGACUAUUAUUAUAAUAUCAUGUUGAUUAAGUCAAAGCAAGUCAGUAUAGGUCUCGGGCCCAUGUAAUGACAUCGCCACACAGCAUUUAAAAUAGUUGUUUUAGAUGAAGAGGUUGUUUAUUCUUUUCCCCCAUAGUGAAUGCAGGAGAUCUUGUUCUUUUUAUAUACAUAUAUAUAACUUGAGGGAGAAGCCAAUGCUGCCUUCUGAAAUAUGUAGGGGACAUGUCCCCCUUCCUCCCCCCCCUCCAUAAAUGACACCCAUGGACUGCAUUAUAAACAAAAACACAUCUGGUCUCAGUUAAAUGGAGAGUGGAUUUCUUAUUUUUUCUUCAUACAUCCUUGAGGUUUUCCCAGUUCUAUUUUCAAUGUGAAGACUACAGCAAGGCCUUAUGGUGCAGUUUCACCCUAAGUCCUAGUAUUUGUGACAUAACGAGAUUUUGUUUCACUCUCUUAGUGUGAAAUUAGAUUAAUUUGGUGCCAUGAAACGAGAUGAUGGAGUAUAACGUGUUGUUCUAUUUCAUCCACAGGUUUGUGAAUGAGUGUAAGUAUUAUUGUCACAGUGUGAACCCACAUUUGAAGGACGUUUUCUCUGUAUAAUAUCAGCUCUGAUGGACCAGUGUUGCACAACAUUACUCUCAGAUAUUGUGAUUCUUUCAAAGGCAGCAGUUAAUGCCUAUUGCUUUACCUGGCGUAAAGGCACUUCAGCAUUGUAUAUCUACAUAUCUAGUCCAUGCCAUCUAUUAUUGCUAUGUGCUUUAGUGACUGUCCACUAAGUAAAGCAAUCUUUAAUAAAGCCAUGCUUACUAUUUCCAUUUCUAUGAAGGCAUCGCUCAAACAUUUGGACACAAAGUGAACAUUUCUGUUGACAUAUUUGUCUCUUUUUUUUUUUCUUUUUCCAAAGAUCAGUGACAUUAACAGUGUGCAUUAUUUUAUUGUCAUUGCCACAAUGCUUAUUGGCCAUUUGUUUUGGAAUGAUGACUGUGACUGGGCUAAUCUAAACUGAAGAGAAUGUUGUACAGAGUUGGUGAGUGUAUUUUCCUAAUCUCUUUUUGCUAAAUUAAUUGAUUGUCUUGAGGUGCUCUCAUCUGACCUCUUUUCACUUACUUCGACUGUGUGACUGCAGCCUUCUUGCCCUUCAAUUCUCGGACAUGGAACUGAGUCACAAAACCUGACCAUGACAUGACCCGGCCCCUGAAGUGCGUCAUAUCACUUUACGCCCGCGUUCUCCAUUAACCUUAAGCAGUGCUUGUUUACACUGUUUCCGUUUCAUUUCAUCACUUAUUCGACCAUGACAUGUAUUGGGUUGCUUGACAGAUACAACCUCAGAAACAUGUAAAUACUUGAAGGAUUUUUCUGGAGAUUAGUCCAUCUCCUAUAGAUUUAUGUAUCAAACUGAAAAAAAAAAAGAUGAAUGUUGGCUGGAUGGUGUUGCCAUAGAACUGCAGUGUGCACCAUCUGUGCUCAUCAGUCAAAAUCAUGUCUUUCCCCUCUGGAGUGAUGACAUCAAAAACAUACCGCAAAGAAAUGCAAUCAAACUGAAGUCAGUAUGAAUGUAGAAAAAGAGGCUUCAGUCUAAUAUUAUAAAUAUGUUAACAAUGUAUGUACAUGCUUAUUAACAUGGCUUCAAAAGCUACCAAAAGACCCUAAUAAAAGGCACCUUUGUUGCAGUGAAUGCACAGCAUGUGAAGCGUUUGAUAUGACGGUUCACUUUAAGGAGACUGUAGUGUAUCUAGCAUUUACAGACAAUGAGCUCCAGGCAGUGUUAUGGUUCUGAUAUUUGUUUUGUAUAGCAAUUGAA